AUGCCGCCCCCGAAUCCCCAACAACCGAAGGUCAAGCCACGCAUCUUGAGUCCACGAGACGCCAAAUUCCUCGCUGGCGACCACAAAAAACCCGAUAUCCAACCUGACACACCGAAAUAUGCCUCCAUUGAACAGCAAAAAUCAUUAAAUCGAGGCUCUCCCCUAGUCUCAAAGUGGCACCUCCCCUCAGCCUUCUCCCGCCUCCGCGAGCGCUACGCUGCCCUCCCAUCCCCGGUUCGACGCACCUGUCGCGUUCUCCGUGUUCUCGCCCCCCUUAUACCAAUCAGUCUUUUCUUCUCCGAACAUGUCGCCCAGAUCAUGUGGGUGCGCGGCCCAUCAAUGACCCCUUACUUGAACGAAGACUACGACCAAAUGCAAACAAAAAGCGAUAUGGUGCUUGUGAACAUGUGGCCUUGGGGCCCCGUCUUCCCAUGGGCAAGAUCAAAAAGACUUGAGCGGGGGAUGAUUGUAACAUUCCGAUCACCGGCCAAUUCCUCUCAUAUCGCCAUUAAACGUGUUGUCGGUCUUCCGGGCGAUCGUAUCACCACCCGCGAGCCCUGCAUGAAACCUACCCAGAUCGUUCCAUUCAAUCACGUGUGGCUGGAGGGGGAUGCAGAGGAUCCACGCAAAACGCUUGAUAGUAAUACAUAUGGCCCGGUCAGCAUUAGCCUGAUUACAGGACGUGUGCUUGGUAUCUUGGGACCGCGGAUGCGUUGGUUGAAUUGGGAGGACUGGGAGGCCGGCAGGUCGGGUGGGCCGUCCGACUCGCAGGAGAAUUACCGCCAGAGUGUACGGGAUCGCGUUGUGAAAGAGGCUGUGAAGCUGGAGCGACCGGAAUUCUAA